UAUAUGACGUCAUGUGCGUCGGCUUCACCGUUCUAAUUCGUGUGCAAAUCUGAAAUGGAUUAUAAACGGAAUAAGAACGUGUUCAUCUGCAGACUGACUGGAGAUCAGUGACAGGUUCGUGUCGUCAGUGUCAACUGUCCGCUUUGGGCUUCUCACUUACAGCACUAUGAUGGGGUUUCAACUUUAACCUGAUAAACACGUGCCACGUGACAGGUGAUUGACAGGUGACACGUGACAAGUGACUGACAGGCAACAGACAGUUGACACGUGACAAGUGACAGAGGCAACAGACAGGUGACAAGUGACAGGUGACACGUGACAGGAUGGAGUGUUCAGAUGAGAAGCAGGCUGACGAGGUGAAAGAAGAACAGAGCUGUGGUGCUGAAGGUCACAAGAAAUCUCCAAAGAGACAGAAGGAGAUGAGAAGUCGUCGGCGAAGGGAGCAGCUGUGUCCAGGGGCCGAGAGAAGAGGACACGCAGAGUCACAUGACACGUCUGAGACAAGCGAGAGCUCCACGAAGAGGCUGGAGAAGUGCAGACGAGCUCACUUCCUCCACGGCCCGUAUCCCAGCACACACUUCGGCCCCAAAGCCUGCAUCCUGCCCAACCCGACCUCCAUCAUGCACAUUCAGGACCCAGUGAGUCAGAGGAUGGUGUGGAACAAGCCACCGCUCAACGUGUUGGUGAUCCGCAAGAUCAGAGACGAGAGCCUGCUGGAGCCAUUUAAGGAGCUGUGCAGCUUCUUCAUCCAGGAGAAAGGUCUGAGUGUGUAUGUGGAGAAGAAGGUGGUGGAGGAUGGAGCUCUGAUGGCAGAUGAGUCAUUCUGCAGCAUCAGGAGACAACUGUGCACCUUCAGAGAGGGGUUUGAUGAUAUCUCAGACUGUAUAGAUCUGAUUGUGUGUCUGGGAGGAGACGGAACUCUGCUGUAUGCAUCAUCACUCUUCCAGGGCAGUGUCCCCCCUGUAAUGGCCUUCCACCUCGGCUCGCUCGGCUUCCUCACACCCUUUAAGUUUGAGUCGUAUAAGACUGAAGUGGACAAAGUGUUUGCAGGUAACGCUGCGGUGGUGUUGCGCAGUCGUCUGAAGGUGAAGGUCCUCAAAGGAUCACUUCAGAGGGACCAGGAAAAUGGCAGUGUUACACACACACACCCCAACCCUGUCACACUGCAGCUACAGGUGCUGAAUGAGGUGGUGGUGGACAGAGGACCCUCCUCUUACCUGUCCAAUGUUGAUCUGUACCUGGAUGGACGUCUCAUCACCUCUGUCCAGGGAGACGGUGUGAUCGUGUCAACACCCACAGGAAGCACGGCGUAUGCGGCGGCGGCCGGAGCAUCUAUGAUCCACCCCAACGUCCCCGCCAUCAUGGUCACGCCCAUCUGUCCUCACUCGCUCUCCUUCAGACCCAUCGUAGUGCCGGCCGGGGUCGAGCUCAUGAUCGCUCUCUCUCCAGAGGCUCGGAACACAGCGUGGGUUUCCUUCGAUGGCAGGAAGAGACAGGAAAUCCAACAUGGAGACAGCAUUAAGAUCACUACGUCGUGUUACCCAGUUCCGUCUCUGUGCUGUCACGGGCUGGUGUACGACUGGUUCGAGAGUUUAGCCGAGUGUUUACACUGGAACAUCCGCAAGAAACAAACACAUCUGAGUGACGCCUCGGACUCCACUGACACUGACGCCUGACACACACACACACACACACACACACACACACUCCACCGACACCUGACACACACACACACACUCCACCGACACCUGACACACACACACUCCACC